AUGAAAGCCUUCAAACGGGCAGAAAGUCUGCCGAGAGCAGAAGAGAUGCUGAAAGGCUCGUUGAAGAAAGAGCAAAGAGCCUUGCUAGCUUAUCUUCUCAAGAAGUACGGAAACACCUGGGAGCCUUGGAAGACCAAGCUUUCGAAGUUCAGAAACAAGGGAGAGGAAUUGAUGAAGGAAGCCAAGUGA